GAACAGGGGAAAAGGUUAAGUAAGAUGGAGCCGGAGCCGGUUGUUUCGCACGCUGAAUGGUGGGUGGGUAUACCAAGGCCCCUUCCUACCUGCUAAGGUAUGGAAAAGAGCAAGUUUGGUCUCAUGAGUGUCUUUCCGCAAGAACAAAGCCCAGUCAGCAAUUCUCUCUCGUCGUUCUCUUAACCAUCGACUGUUUACUACUCUCCAUCAUUGGCGUCGGAAUAGUUUGUGAAUGUUUAUAUAUUAUCUGAUUUCUUCAUCCCUUCUCGACUCUUCUGGAUUGUCCCUUUUGAUGGCACUUGGAUGAUACGAGUACAUACAUAUAUGCACGCAACAUAACAUAUCAACCAUGCGUUGGACAAAUUACCUCCAGGCCGCAUCUGCAAUAGCAGCGACGGUCGCACAAGCGUCUACAUUGACCCCGCCAGUGAUACCAUUGAUUGUGCGAAAUCCAUACCUGAGUGCUUGGUUGGGACAUGCAAGAGAGAAUCCAUGGGAACAUUGGCCCAUAUUUUGGACAGGUCAAGAGAUUGGAUUCUCUGUACUUGCUUCGGUGCCAGGCGCCGAUACUGUCUAUCCAUUGUUGGGCAGACCUCACGAUUCAUUGAGUAAAACCGGAGACAGCUUCAAUGUAUCAUAUCCUGCAUUUCUAGGUGCUACGUUUGAUGCGUCAACUACAAAUCUCACUUAUAAUAUCCCGUCGCCUUCUAAAUCCGAAGAGCCACUCGAAGUAGUUUUGUCCUUCCUAUCUCCAAUUACACCAACCUCGACUUUCCGACAAUCAAUACCUGCCGCAUACUUAACCGUGCAUGUCACCGGGGAUUUCGAUCUCGAUGUAUACUUGGACAUAAAUGGAUUGUGGGUUAGUGGCAAUAGGGCCAAUGCCAUUGAUUGGUCAUUCAGUCAGAGUGAACCGGAAAAGGAUAGCAAAGAACCACCACUAAAGAUCUGGAAGGCCAAGAGAGUGGUCGAGCAAUUGUUCACUGAAUGGGGUGACCGUUCAGAAUGGGGACAAUUACACUUCAUAGGCCCAGCUGAAGCCAAUCAUCAAGCUGGUACAUCUGCUAUACUACGAACCAACUUUUCACGAAGCGGGAAAUUACAAAAUACUGUUGACACCAAUUUCCGAGGGAUUAUGGAUGAGGAGCCAGUCUUCGCAUUUGCCUACUCAUUCAAGCUCAAUUCCACUUCUAAUUCCACUUCUGCUGAAAGUGGAAAAACAUACGCCAGUGCUCUGUUUACCAUUGCACAUAUCCAAAAUCCAGUCAUUCAGUUUGCUUCCGCUCGAGGCUUGACAGCGAUGCGUCCACUGUGGGCUUCUUAUUAUCCCGAAGCUGAUGACCUGCUUGAAUACCAUUAUAACGACUUUCAGAAAGCUUUUAAUCUCGCAAGCAACUACUCGGAUCAACUUGCAAUUGAUGCUCUACAAUCUGGAUCUGAAGAUUAUAAGGAUAUCCUCGCACUCAGUGCACGUCAAGUAUUGGGUGCUGCUUCUUUCGCUGGUACUCCUGAUGAUCCUGUUAUUUUCUUCAAGGAAAUCUCUUCUGAUGGAAACAUGAACACUAUUGAUGUCAUUUACCCCGCUUUCCCAUUCUUCUUAUAUACCAAUCCUAGAUGGUUGGCGUACAUGCUGGAGCCUUUGAUCGAACAUAUGCUCAGUGGCCAAUAUCCUAAUGAUUACGCCAUGCAUGAUCUUGGUUCGUCAUUCCCCAACGCAACAGGUCAUCCAGACGGUAGGGAUGAAUAUAUGCCUGUUGAAGAAUGUGGUAACAUGCUCAUCAUGGGUUUGGCAUUGGUAAAUUCACUUAAAUACGACACUAAGCCAGCAAGCAUUUGGUCCAAUCAAGGUGAUCACAAAACUACCCAAUUCAUUGAAAGCGCUUUCCCCCUUUUUGUUGACGCAGAUGGUAUGGAUGAUACUGUUGGAGGUCCCAUUGAGGCCAAGGGUGAAAAGCAAGCAAAAAAAUGGGUUAAGAAAUCGUAUAAACUAUGGAAGCAAUGGACUGGUUAUUUGGUCAGGGAAACUCUUAUCCCUAGCAAUCAAUUGUCAACCGAUGACUUUGCGGGGUGGUUGGCCAACCAAACCAAUCUUGCACUGAAAGGUAUCAUAGGAAUCAAGGCUAUGAGCGAGAUUGCCGAAGUUGUUGGUGAAACCGAAGAUGCUGCUUUCUACCGUAAUAUUUCCGAAACUUACAUCAAACGAUGGGAGGAUGAAUUCGCCUUUUCCAGAGAUGGAACUCAUGCUAAAUUGGCAUAUUCUUGGUAUGGAUCAUGGACCAUUCUAUACAAUCUGUUUGCAGAUUCAUUACUUUGUUUCCAUAUCCCAUCAAGCUCAUCAUCUGCUCCAAGCAUCGGGAACGGUCAAAAGCCUAUUACUCUCCCUGAUCAACAAAUUUCGAAGACCGGAUUUGUAAGUGACAAGGUUUACAAACUACAGAGUGAUUGGUACCACUCAGUUCGACAGAAGUACGGUUUACCCCUUGAUAGCCGUCAUCUCUAUACCAAGAGUGAUUGGGAGUUCUUUGCCGUUUCAGUUGCCAGUAAGAAGGUUCGCGAAGAAAUUGUCGACUCAAUUGCAUUAUGGGUCAAUGAAACUACAACAGAUAAACCACUUACAGAUUUGUAUGACACUGAGGGAACUGGUGGGUUCCCAGGUAUCGAGUUUAAAGCUAGACCAGUUGUUGGAGGACAUUUUGCAUUCUUAGCGUUGGAAAGAGCAUGUGACGGGAAGGCUGUUGCUGCAUUAGACUUCUUGAAUGAAGAUGAGAAGUCAGAGGCAUAUGAAGAAGAGAUGAUGCAUAACGGAGAAUUGUAGAUUGGAGUAGUAUCAUUGGCAGCCAGGUCUCUAGAUAUCUUUAACAUAUGAGUUUGGUUGAAACUAGGGAAAAGAAAGCACUGCAGGCAAAUGCAUUUCCUUACAACGACACGUUUCAUGGGGAGGGUUAUAAGUAGAACCAAUGAGAAUGCCAUUGGUGUAUACUGCAAUCGCAUAUACUAUCAUUGAUUCACGCCCUUGAUUUCUCAUCUAUUCAGCUUUACGUGCAGUACCCUGACCUGGCGGAUGGUACUCAAGUUUGUAGGAAGGAUUGUCAAUCUUUGUGGCUGACAUGAUUGGCAUACGUAGUUGUAGAUAUAUGAUGUCAAGCACACCUGCAAACUUACAAUCAUGCUUGUUCCA